UAUGUUUUCUACUAAAGUUGUAGAACAAGAAACAUCAUCUCCGAAUAUGGCUUCUGAAGUUGUGUCCAAUCCAGAAUAUCAUAAGCCGAGAGGACGACCCUCUAAACAGCUCAAGUCAUCUGUUGAAGAACAUAAUGAACAUCAUACUUCAUUUUCUAAAAUCUGCAGUUACUGUUCAGGUAAAGGCCAUAAUAUUCGUGGAUGUUCAAAGUAUAAAUCCGAUCUAGCUAACAAAGAGAAUCAUUAG